UCUACUUUUGUCCGAAAUUUGUCGUCAUCUUCCACCGAGUUCCACGGUACCUAUCAUCUCAUCCACCUCCAACUUUCGCCGCUCCCUUCAAAGUUUUUAAAGUGAACCAAUUUUUAAAUUUACAAAUCAGGCUUAAAGUUAAGUUGGCUACACUUCGUAACAGGUGUAACUUACAUAACUGUUGAAUAAGCUAACCAAGUUUUGGAACUUACCGUGUGAUAAAUUGCCUGUACAUCGGCACUCCAUACUUUUUCUUUCUGAUGACGAUUGACGAUUCCACUCUAUCAGUUCAUUAUGGAGGAAAAACUACCAUUAAGAUUACGUGAUUCGUAGCAUGACCAUUUCAAGUGUCAUAGCCCAACGCAAGUGGGAGACCCACAUGAAUUAUAGAGUGCAAUGUAAAGGCUAAGCUCAGCCCGGGUCUAACAGGGCUUUCCAGAGGUUACCUACUUGUUUCAUGAAAAAAAGCCAACAAGGGCAAAAUCAACUUGAUACCUAAUUUGCCUAGUAAUUACAACUAACUACCAGGAGUUUAAGCAAUGGCUCGUAUGUUGAAAUUCCAGCGUGUCGUCCUUGGUAUUUCGGGUGGCGUGGAUAGUGCGGUGUCUGCAUUAUUGCUUAAGAGAAAAGGUUAUGAGGUCAUUGGUGUUUUCAUGCGUAACUGGGAUAUCAAAGAUGAAAAAGGUCACUGCCAGAAUGAUGUAGAUGCUGAAGAUGCUGAAUGGAUAUGUCGCCGUCUUGAUAUUCCAUUUCAAGAAGUAAAUUUUGUUAAAGAAUAUUGGAAUGAUGUAUUUACGUACAUGCUUGAAGAGUAUAAGGCAGGUUUUACACCAAAUCCUGAUAUAUUAUGCAACAAGAACAUGAAGUUUUCAACAUUUCUUCAGUAUGCACAAGAUGUACACUCUACAGAAGUUAUUGCUACUGGACAUUAUGCUCGAAACUCUUUUGGAGAAGAUCUUGAGUAUUAUGACCCAAAUACUGGUGCAAGGUUACUUCAAGGAAUAGACAGGUGGAAAGAUCAGACUUUUUACCUAAGUCAGAUACCACAAAAAUCACUUCAACAAACUAUGUUUCCUUUAGGAGAUUAUACGAAAGAUGUUGUUCGAAAGAUUGCUGAAAAUGCUAAGCUUGAUCGAGUUGCUCACAAAAAGGAUUCUACUGGCAUCUGCUUCAUUGGUACAAGAAAUUUCCAAAAUUUCAUAUCUGAGUAUAUAGAAGAUAAACCAGGUGACUUUGUAGACCUUGACACAAAGGAGGUAGUUGGGCAUCAUCAGGGUAUUCACCAGUGGACAUUAGGUCAACGAUGCCUUCUCCCAGGCAUGAAGAAAGCCUACUAUGUUGCAGAAAAAGAUAAGGAUUCCAGUCGUAUAUUUGUUGUUGCAGGAUCUGACCAUCCAGCUUUGUAUUCUUCAACUCUUUUUACGGAACCAUUUUAUUGGAUUUCUGGUCCACCAACCCAGCUCUUCACAGAGGGGCAGUUUGAAUGCAUGUUUAGAUUUCAACAUACACAUCCUCUUGUCCCAUGUGUAAUCACAACGCAUACAAACAACCCAUGGCAUCGUUCACCAACAUCAAAUAACAUGGUGAUAAGUUUGGCAGAACCAUUACGUGCUAUAACUCCGGGGCAGUUUGCAGUCCUUUAUAGUGGUGACGAAUGCUUGGGGUCAUCUCGCAUCAUAAGGCCAGGCCCAUCUCUAUACACUCUUAACAUUAAUGAUUGUAGAACACGUAUAUUAAAAGAAAGGGAAGAGAAAAAGUCCUUGGUCUGUACUCAGAAAUUAAAAGUAAAAACUAAAAAGCCAGAAAGUUUGGAUGAAUGACUGAAUUGGAGAUCAAAGGUGAAUUUACAAAAUUAUUUUAAAAUAAAUUUCAACUUUUAUUUAAAGUUAUUAAAAACUACUGUAAAGUGCCAGUAAUUUUACUUGGUUUUAAAUACCUAACCAGGUUUUUGCAUAAGUAAAAAAGGAAUUUGAACUGAAUAGAUUCUUAUUAAAGGAUCUUACUUAGCAGUUUAAUUUCAUAUUAAUCAGUAAAGCAUACAGAUUUCUUCAUUGUUAAGAAUUUCUUACAAGUGACAAGAAAUUGUGGCAAUGUUUGUACAGUAAUAAGUCUUACACUAUUCAGUGUUAGUUUUACUUUGUAAAAAAAAAACUAUUUACUAAUAAAUUAUUUUGUUUA